GAGGAGCGCGCAGUCGGAGUAAAAUCACCUCUGCGCGCCUACAGUAUAUGCGAUUAUAGCAAGCAUGGCAGGCGACAGCGAGACAAGGCUGGACAGUCAAGCGGAAAACGAGAAUGUAACCCGGCAACCUUUCCUCAUCGGGGUAGCCGGAGGGACUGCCAGCGGCAAGUCAUCUGUCUGCAGUAAGAUCAUGGAGCUGCUUGGCCAGAACAAGAUUGACCAUCACCAGCGCCAGGUGGCCAUUCUCAGCCAAGACAGCUUUUAUAGGGUCCUCACACCAGAUCAGAAGGCCAAGGCACAGAAGGGACAGUUUAACUUUGACCACCCAGAUGCGUUUGACAAUGAGCUCAUUAUCAAAACGCUAUGGGACAUCUUGGAGGGCAAAACAGUGCAGAUUCCAGUGUAUGACUUUGUCACCCAUUCCAGGAAGGAGGAGGUGGUGACUGUGUACCCAGCAGAUGUGGUGCUGUUCGAGGGCAUCCUGAUGUUCUACUCCCAGGAGAUCAGGGACCUGUUCCAGAUGAAGCUGUUUGUGGACACAGAUGCAGACACUCGCCUUUCACGCAGAGUGCUCAGAGACAUCAGUGAGCGAGGAAGAGACCUUGAGCAGGUGCUAACGCAAUAUAUCACAUUUGUCAAGCCUGCCUUCGAGGAGUUCUGUCUGCCAACUAAAAAGUGCGCUGAUGUGAUCAUUCCCAGAGGUGCAGAUAAUCUGGUUGCCAUAAAUCUUAUAGUUCAGCACAUCCAGGACAUUCUGAACGGUGGUCUGACCAAACGCCUGAACGGCAGCCUUAACGGUUAUGGGACUCCCCGGAAACGACAGGCUUCUGAAUCUAGCAGUCGGCCACACUGACUGCAUCUCCCCUCUCCCAACCCCACGGAGCAAGGCAUCAGUGGAAGAGGAGAGGCCGGCUCAUUUGUACAUACCUAACUACCGGUUGUCUUCACAGUAUUUAAAGAUCUGGUAUUUCUUCUUCUAGCAAGUUUCUGCAAGGCCUUCGUUUGAACGUUUUUAUAAAACCUUUUUUGUUUUUUACGUUUUGGAAGGGAGGAACAGAAUUAGCUCUUUGUUUCAGGUCAAAGGUUAGGCAGUUAUGUAUUUUUAUUUGAAAUUCCACCCUAUUUUUGAGCUUGCAGAUGUUAAUAAAUGAGGAAGAUUGGUAAAUCAGGGUUGAGCUUGAGCCCUUGCUGUGCGUUCAGUGGUCAUUGCAUUUUGAUUGGUCAUGUUGUUUGUCUGACUUGUUGUUGACAGGACAUCCAGGGAAGGUAAUACUCACAUUUACCUUAAGACCAAUGGUCAAACUCAGCCUCUAUCUACAUUUUCAAACUGACAAAAGAUGUGCCUUCAGUGGUUCAUCGAUUAUGUUGAUAAUUUACUCCACCUUGCCAGAUCCUGCUAGAGUAGAGUUAGGCGGAUUCUGCUGCCACUCCUUCAGUAUUGCUAUCCAAUUUCUUUUUAAGCCCUAAGUUGGCCUUUCAAGGCUCCAUGCAUUCAUCCUUUUAAUAUUUUUAUUUUAUUUAUUCUGAACAAUAUCCAGUUGGCUGAUAGGAUUGUCUAGACCCAACCCCAUUACCAAAUAAUUACAAAUGAUAAUUUCAGCCAUCUGCAGUCCCGCUACAACAGACUGAAAUUUCAGGCAUGUCUUUUACAUAAAAAGCAGUAAUCAUAAUGGAAACCAUAUCAAUGUUAUUUUAAAAGAUAGUUGUGUUUUUGACUGCACUGGGUCUUUCAAAUUAUCUAUAUUGGAACAAUUGUGUAUUUAAUGUCAACUUUGUUAGUGUUUUAUUAGCAUUUAAGUAUACUAAAUACAUGUAAAAUUAUCUAAACUGUGAAACUUUUGUACUUUUUGAACUUUUUUUGUACUAUCCCAAUAUAAAUAAUUAUGUAUGUAAUUAAUAUACUUAAAUGCUAUUCAAAUAUAAAUAUAAUGUAUAAAAAACCUUCCAAUUUAGAUUAUUUUAUGUGUAUUUAAGUAUUUGUUUCCCUAGCGUAGGAAUACAAUUUGCAUCUGUGCUACAAAACUACUAUUAAACUAGUCAAACUGAGCCUUUUCGCAGGCUCUACACAUAAUCUGCCUUUGCUGACCAAUGCAACAUCAGGUUCCCUUGAUCUAAAUAAAUAAAUCCUGAGCGACUUGACAAAUCAAAGCAGUGUUCUUAGUUUGUUCAUAGUGUAUAACCCUUACAUCAAUGACACCCAUAUAAUUCUUCAGGUUCAAUUUGUUACAUUUGUUUUCACUGAAAUAUGAUGAAGAUAAUUUCCGUCUUAAGACUAGACUCAUUCAGGAUGAGUAUAUGUAAUUGUUGCUCCUACUCAAAAGUGUAGUUGAUCAAUGUACAACUAUACUGUUUUUUCUUUUCUUAAAAAAAGUACAUCACCAAAACAAUUUCCUUCUGAGUUUAUGCUCUCAGGCAUUGAUAUACUAUUUAUCAAUUAUGUAUUCUAAUAAAACAGCAUGUACUGCUUUAAUCACAGACAUUUUAGACGUUUGAGAUUGUAGUAGUAUCAUUCAAAAUGUUGUACUGAAUUGCAUUGAAUGGGUAGCCUAUAAUUACAAUGAAUCCAGACUGCUGUGAUGUUUCCUACCUCUAAAUACUGAUGAUACCUGUAUGUAAAUUGUGUACUGUAGUUUUGUUCACAUGUUUAGGAUCAGGGCAGUUCACAGUUCUGAGACCGCUAGUAAUACGUGUUGUUUUUGGGUUGUCAUUAUCUUUUGUCAUUAGCUUCAAAUUGGUUGAUCAAUGAAAUUAUUUCAAAGAAUUGUGUGAGCAUACAAUGGGACGUCUGCGAUCAUUUUACUUUGACAAAUGAGUGUUCACUUCAUGAAGAGACUAGUUACUUCGGAGAACUGGAGUAAGUAACAUUGUUAUUUCAAAUGUCAGCUCAGGAACUGGAGAGAUUUUGUCAUUGAAGAGAAAGAGAAGACAAUAUAUAUAACUAUAAACACUACUAGCAAUAUGAUGUCUCACUGAAGUGUAGAUGAACCCUUGAAUUCGAUGCACAUUAUAUUUAAUUUCAAAGGCUUUCAAAAGGUCAGGCCAGUAAGGUAUUGGCAGCUUAAUUGCGAACAUAAAGUAACAAAUUAGUUCCUUUGCACAAAAUAUAUUAUGGUUUAAGGGCUGUUGUUAGUGUUUUUUUGUGUAAUUGUUGGUGAUGAAGUAUUUAACCAAGUUACAUGAUGUGUUACUUGCUUGCAAGAGCUAGCUAGUAACUGUACUGUAUUAGUUCCAUAAUCGGGGUGUAACAGUGAACCAAUUAGAUAUGUUUCAACUGCCUCAAUGUGAACAUGAUGUACAGUAUGUUAACUGAAGUGUUGAAUAUAGUAAUGUUCUAUACAGUAAAUCAGUGAUUCUCAACCUUUUUAGGUUACUGUGCCCAGAUUACCCCCUUGUGCAUUUUACCAGUAGGCCUAUGGUCUCAUCAGUCUUCUUCAGUAACCCCUAUGGCUUGGAAACAACCCCAGGGAUCCUAUUUAGAACAACUGCGAGUACUUGAUGAGGCUAUUGGCACAUAACUACAUGCUAUACCUGACUAGAACAUAAGAGAGCAGUCAUGAAAGAGAAAUAAAUAUUGACUACAAGAAAAA